AUGGCGUCGACAUCUUCUGGCGCGACUCCUGUGUGGAGUGCGUCUUUGGUUCGAGAUACUUUCUUGAAGUUCUUUGAAGAGCGAGGACAUACUUUUGUAAAGUCUUCCCCCGUGGUUCCCCUCUCUGAUCCCACAUUACUCUUCACAAAUGCCGGUAUGAAUCAAUUCAAGCCCAUUUUUCUCGGUACUGUGGAUCCUACAAGCAAAGAAGGCCAAUACCAGCGAGUGGUCAAUUCCCAAAAAUGCAUACGUGCCGGUGGCAAGCAUAAUGAUCUCGACGAUGUGGGCAAGGACAGUUACCACCAUACGUUCUUCGAGAUGUUAGGCAAUUGGUCGUUCGGAGACUACUUCAAAAAGGAGGCCAUUACUUACUCUUGGGAAUUGUUGACGAAGGUGUUCGGACUGGAACCGGACAGACUGUAUGUCACAUACUUUGAAGGUAAUGAAGCAGGAGGGUUAGAACCGGACCUCGAGGCAAAGGAGAUCUGGAAGAGUGUCGGUGUGGCGGAAGAUCAUAUCCUGCCUGGAAACAUGAAGGAUAAUUUCUGGGAGAUGGGUGAUCAGGGUCCAUGCGGUCCUUGUUCGGAGAUUCACUAUGAUCGAAUUGGUGGUCGAAAUGCAGCGAGCCUGGUCAAUCAGGAUGAUCCCAACGUGUUGGAAAUCUGGAAUAACGUGUUUAUCCAGUACAAUCGGGAGCCGGACAAGAGGUUGCGACCACUACCCAACAAACAUGUCGACACCGGUAUGGGAUUUGAACGACUCGUCAGUGUCUUACAAAAUAAGAUGUCGAACUACGAUACCGAUGUCUUCACGCCGAUAUUUGCGCGGAUCCAGGCAAUCACCGGUGCAAGACCGUACUCGGGGAAAUUUGGCGACGAAGACAUAGACGGCCUUGAUACCGCUUACAGAGUUGUGGCAGAUCAUGUCAGGACAUUGACCUUUGCUAUCAGUGAUGGUGGUAUUCCCAACAAUGAGGGAAGGGGAUAUGUUGUUCGAAGAGUAUUGAGACGAGGUGCUCGAUACGCAAGAAAAUAUUUCAAUGUGGAGAUCGGAGGUUUCUUCUCCCAGAUUGUACCCACUCUGGUGGAGCAAAUGGGCGGUAUGUUUAAGGAGAUUGUUGCCAAGGAGGAGGAAGUCAAAGAGAUUCUCGAUGAGGAAGAAUUGUCUUUCGCCAAAACCUUGGAUCGGGGAGAGCGACAAUUCGAGGUUUAUGCCCAGAAGAGUCAAGCUCAAGGAUUGAAGAGGUUACAUGGAGCCGAUGUUUGGAGAUUAUAUGACACGUUCGGGUUCCCUGUUGAUCUGACAAGGCUGAUGGCUGAAGAGAGAAAACUUUCCAUUGACGACAAUGAAUUCGAGACUGCGAAGUUACAGGCGAGAGAAGCCAGCAAAGGCGAGAAGAAAGCGACCAGCGGUCUGCUCAAGCUUGAUGUUCACGACCUGGGUGAAUUGGAGAAGAUGCCCGGUGUCACCAAGACCGACGACAGUGGUAAGUACGGCCGAGAAAACAUUACCGGCACGAUUCAGGCCAUCUACCAUGCAAAGAAGUUCCAUCCUGAUACACAGAAUAUCCCGGAAGGUGAUCAGAUUGGAAUUAUUCUCGACAAGACAUGUUUCUAUGCCGAACAAGGUGGUCAAGAAUACGAUACCGGUCGAAUUGUCAUUGAUGGACAAGCCGAACUUGAUGUGGAGAAUGUCCAACUUUACGCGGGAUAUGUUCUGCACACGGGCUAUAUGAAGUACGGUCACUUCUCAUUGGGAGACAAGGCAAUUUGUGAAUAUGAUGAGCUGAGAAGAUGGCCCAUAAGGAAUAACCAUACUGGCACGCACAUCCUCAACUUUGCGCUACGGGAGGUUCUUGGUGACGGCGUCGACCAGAAGGGCUCUCUGGUCGCGCAGGAGAAAUUAAGAUUUGACUUCAGUCAUAAAUCCGGCAUCUCCGACACCGAUUUGCAGAAGAUUGAAGAUAUUUCAACGGAGUACAUCCGACAAAAUUGCCCGGUGUACGCAAAAGACGUGCCUUUGGUUGUGGCACGGGAAAUUACCGGUGUCCGAGCUGUUUUCGGAGAAACAUAUCCGGAUCCGGUCCGGGUCGUUUCUGUUGGCGUGGAAGUCGAUGAUAUUCUGAAGAAUGUCCGAGAUGAGAGAUGGAGAACGGUCAGCAUCGAAUUCUGUGGCGGUACUCACGUCAAGAGCACCGGCGACAUCAAAGACCUCAUCAUCCUCGAGGAGAGUGGUAUUGCCAAAGGAAUUCGACGAAUCAUCGCCGUGACUGGCGAAGAUGCGCAUGAAGUCCAACGUGUGGCGGAAGAAUUUUCUGGGAAACUCGACAAACUGGAGGAAAUGCCGUUCAGCGCAUCCAAGGAGCAAGAAGCCAAAACCAUUCAACUCGAAUUGAACAAUCUGUCAAUAUCGGCGGUGAAGAAGUCAGAAUUCCGAGAUCGAUUCGCCAAAAUCAGCAAAGAAAUGCUGGACCUGCAGAAGAAAAUGCAGAAAGAGGAAACGAAGAAGGCGAUUGAUACGAUAGCAGACUAUUUUCAGAAGAAUGAGAAAGCUCGGGGUGUGGCGUUAAGAUUACCGAUUAGUGGGAAUGCAAAGAUCAUACCGGAGGUGGUGAAACACGUCCAGAGCAAGAUGAAGGAAAAGAGUGUGUAUGUUGUUGUGGCGGAUGACAAGGAUCCUGACGGCAAGGUCUUCCAUGGAUGCUAUGUGAGUCAGGACGGCACGAAAGCCGGUAUCACAUCUGCGGAUUGGUCAUCUACCGUGUCAAAGUUCGUGGGUGGCAAGGCUGGUGGGAAAGCCCCCGUCGCCAUUGGUACCGGCACAGAUCAAUCCAAGGUCGACGAGGGGCUUAGAGCUGCUACGGAGUAUUUGGAGAAAUUCAAGUUAUGA